CGUCGUCGUUCCUCCUCCCCUUCUCUCGUUCCUUUUCCUUUAUGUAAUUCCUUGUCGAGCUCCAAACAGCAGUUUACUACUGAACGGCCGCCAGGCGGCACAACAACAACUUAAACCAAACAUGGCUGAGGUCUUGACGAACAGCGGAGCGGCGAGCAAAGACGCGAUGAUGUCGGCCGCGAAAAUACCGACCACCACAUCGAGUCCGGCAACAGAUUUAACGAAAUUGGCUUCGCUGACGAUAAAGAACGGCGUACAACCGAAAAUUGUCAUCAUCGGAGCCGGCAUUGCAGGAAUUUCUGCCGCUGAAUACCUCACUAAAAAUGGAUUUACCGAUAUUACAAUCUUGGAAGCUUCUAAUCGAACGGGCGGUCGAAUAUGGACCAUCUCUGAUGAAGAAGGUCGGAAAGCCGAAAUGGGAGCUAACUGGAUACACGGCAUUGAGAAAAACCCAAUUUACCAGAUCGCUGAAAGUAAUGAGCUUUUACAGUUGCGUAACAAGAACAAAACCCUACGACAUAAACGCCUUUUUCUGCAGGAGGAUGGGUCAAGCAUCUGUGGCGAAGUCCUAAACAAAGUCGAUCUUGCUUUCGGCCAGUGUAUGGUUGAAUGUGAAGCUUUUUUCAAGGAUGAUAUGGAUAUACCCGGCAACAUGGAAAGCGUUGGAGAUUACAUUGAUCAGGAUCUUUAUUACCAUCUUGACAACUUAUCUUACGAAGAAAGAAAGCGCUUCUUACUCGUCUACGAGCAGCGUGUCUCAUCAGAAUGCAUCAUUAAUGGAUGCAAUAGCCUCUUUGAUGUGUCACUAAGUGAUAUUGGUAGCUAUGAAGAGCUGCCUGGAAUCCACUAUACUAUUCCCCCAGGUUUUGAGAAGGUUAUUGAAAUUCUCAAGAGCAAUAUCCCACCAAAUUCUAUUCUUUUAAACCAUCCUGUGCGCUGUAUACACUGGGCUCGUCCAGUGAACUGUGAGAAUAGAGAACACCCAGUGUGUGUCGAGUGCGAGAACCAAGAACUAUUCCAGGCUGAUCAUGUGAUAGUCACAGUUUCCCUUGGUGUGCUAAAGGCAGCGUGCAACCGAAUGUUCAACCCACAGAUACCAAAUCGGAAGCUACUAGCCAUCGAUCAUCUGGGUUUCGGUAUUGUAGAUAAGAUCAUUUUGGAGUUUGAUCGAUCCAUAAUUGACUCAGACACAAAGCUUAUAAAUCUGCUCUGGAACAGUAAGAGAGACUCAAACAAAGAGAACUUCCGGAGCCCGAACCUCGGAGACACCUGGGUGAGAGGUAUUACCUCAUUUGAGGUCAUUCACAAGAAUGUUUUAUUGGGCUGGCUAUGUGGUUCCAGUGCCCUCUUUAUGGAGUCAUUAACAGAAGAACAAGUUGCUAAAGACUGUGCAAAAGUUCGCAAGUUCCUUCAAAACCCAAACAUUCCAUUGCCCAAAGUCAUUCGUACAAGAUGGGGCAACAAUCCAUACACUCGUGGUUCCUAUAGCUACAUCCAUAUCCAUUCACACAUCGAAGAUAUCUACACCUUACAGGAACCAUUGCAAAGCCUGCACAGUAACAGUCCUCAAGUGUUAUUCGCAGGUGAAGCCACUCAUGAGUGUUUUUACUCUACCACGCACGGGGCCCUGUUGACAGGCUGGAGAGAAGCAGAGAGGAUAAAAGACAUGUACACUUUGACGACUUCAUCGUCGUCGUCUUCAUCACCCUCCAAAACUACAAUAUCCUCCACAGCUGCUUGUUGCCCAACACCUGUGGUCGCAUCGUAGUAGUGAUUGCUUCUUCUCUCUCUCUCUCUGAGAUUUUUUUUUUUCCAUUUUUUUUUUCCUGUUGUCACCAGCUGGGUUGGGUAGACCUCCAUUUAUAAAAGGUGACAAUCAGCAAAGAAGGGAAAGGAAGUCUCCAAGGGGUUGGAGCAAGGACGGGACAAGACAAAACAAGACAGAAUAAGACGGGACAGGGCAGUGAAACGAAAAGCAACGGAGGAACAGAGGAGCAAGUGGAAUUUAAAUUCUCCGAUUAAUGUUGCCUCGUGUAUUGUUCAUUCUGACAUACAGACUGCCUGAACGUGUCCUCAGAUCAGGGUCCUUCUGUCUGUUUGUAUAGAAUGAGUUUCCCUCUAUGACUGCAAUAAUUUUUUUUUUUGCAAGUAUAGAAGCAGUAAUUUUUUUUUUUUUUGGUGUGCCUAUAGAUGCCAUGUCUACAACUUAGUUCACACGUGACUAGGUGUAUAUGAAUUAUUAUACUGCAAGGGAGAUUGUUUUCCACUUACCUAUAAUUUAACUGGUCGAGAUCAUUGAUAGGUUAUUGAAUGUCUGUAUGCAUCUGUUGUGAUUAGCUCUCAGGUGCGUUUAGGUAAUUAGGUACAAUUAAAAUACGCAGGUAUCUAUAUUCAUAAGUGUGUGCAUGUGUAUACAAUAAAACAUUUCUCAUGGAUAGUGACUCAUAGCUGCAUUUUUUUUUUAAAUUUUAAAUACUGAUUCUUAGACGUUUUGUUUCAACACUCAAGUUUAUUAUAUGCUAAUAUUUCAACCAACAAACUCCUGUACAGAUGCCGAUGAGGGAGUCACCACAACUACACUUUAUGUGUUAGGUAUAGCAUUUAAAUCUCCCUUAUAUAUAUCCUGUCCUGAAAGGGAACGGAGACGCGUUGGAUAAUGUAGUUCUAGAUGUACAGGAUAGUCAUAGCUGUAAAAUGCCUUUGAUCUGAGAUUUGAUCACUUAGGACAGGCCCGGGGUUUAACACAACUGUGUAUGUAAGUGUGUGUGUGUGUGUGUGUGUAUGUAUGUAUGUAUGUAUGUCUGUAUGUAUGUGUGUGUGUGUGCAUCCACUUGUAUAUGUUGAAGCAUAUCUACAUUAUAAUGACUGCAUGUGCAGUCAUAAAUACAGCUGCAUGUCUAAAUGUGCACAUUUCAUUUACAUUUUGAAAGCUGUGUGUGUGUGUAUGUAUGUGUGUGAGUGCUGCUGUUCAGCACAUUCGUUGGGUCUCAAGCUUAAAGCACUUGUAGGCUGUAUGCAUAUAUCUCUCUCGUGUGUUUUUACAAAAUAUAUGUAUAUAUAUAUAAAAAAAUUGGGUGCAUUUUUAUUAUUUAAAAUGUCAAAGAUGUAACAUCCUCAACUUUUUUCUUUCUUUCUUUCUUUUUUUUUCUUUUUUUUUUUUUUUUUGAAAUAUAUAAUUUCCUUCGUUAAAGAUCCUCAUCACCACAAAUUUCCUUUCCUCUUUUCUUGUUAGAAUUAAGGCCAAAAAUGUACAGGUGUAACAUGGCUUAGUAAUUACAAUAAUACUAGGUUUCCCCACUUGUGGCUGUUGAGUUCAUAUCUAACUUUACAUGUGUGGGCCCUUUUGGUUUUUGUUUUGUUGAUUUUUUUUUUUCCCCUUCUACCCCUUAAGGCAAGAUUUUUCACUCUGGUCAGCUUACAAAAUAAAUGCCCAGGCUGAUUGAAAUUAUUUAUUACUAAUAGAAAAGCAGUGAUGGAGUUGCAGAAACCUUGAUGCCAAAUGUAAAAAUACCUUGUGCUAUUUUGGUUCCAUCCUUCCCACAUUCUGUGCUCGAAUCCAGCUGAGAUCAACUUUGCCUUUUUAUCCUUCUGGGGUGUUCAACAGAACAAAGUACCAGUCAAUCGAUUUCUAGGGUGGGGAGAAUCAAUACAAUAAAGCACCAGUCAGUCACCUGUUCCUGCUCCUCAAAAAUUUUUUUUUUUUUUGCCAGUGUAAGAAAUUGUUAAUAUUAAUCAGUUAGAAACAAUGCUAGGAGACAGGUGCAAUGAGUAGUGAUAUAUAUACACAUACACACAUACAAGUAUUAAAUAUGUAUGUAUACAAAUAAGGUAAAAAUAGAAUGACUAGUUAUAGUAGGUGAGUGUGAGGUAGUGGACUUGCUUCCACCUGCUGGUUUAAAUGCCUCGUACAUACAUGGUCAUUGUGCUGGCUUUAACCCUUUGGCACUUAAACUGGCCAUAUCUGCCCCAAAUAUUGUGUGUUUUGUGUUCAAACUGGCUGGAUCCAGCCUCUCACACCUACUCAAUAAUGUCAUCCUGAAAAUAAGCAGUCACAUCAUUGAAAUCUUGAAGCUUCGAGAAUAAUACAGCGAUUAGUUCAAAGCGAUGUAAAUAUAUAAACAUUAGAUUGCAAAGAGCCCUCAGAGUGUUGAUGGGUUAAAUUUAAACCAGUUGUGAAUCUGGGUGUCUAACCUUGCACGUUUACAUCACAUGAUGGUUAAUAUACCCUGGUUUUAAUCAGGGUGGCGUUUGUCCACAUGACACUUGAUAAACUUCCUUUGUGUAUGUAUGUAUGUGAAUACAUAACAAUGUGGGUAUAAAUGCCUACAGAAGGAAGGGUAUUUGAUAUAUUAGGACUUUAUUUAUUCAUCCAAAAGUUAACCCUCAUUGCAACUUAGAAUCCCACAGGCUCGGGUGUAUGUACAUAUAUACAUUGAGAGAUUCAUUUGAAGCUGAUGGUUCACUCCAUUGCUUCUUAAUUUCUUGCAAUGUGUGUGUGGUGGCAUUUGGAAGGUAAUCUAGCCAUAGAAACCAUACCAAAACCGACCUGUAGCCUGGACAGUACUUCUGCUGGACAUCUCCUGUCAACCUGCCAACUCAUACCAGCAUGGAAAACAGACAUUAAAUGAUAUAUAUGUCUCCAAAUGUGCGUGCCUAAAUUUAAAACAAAUUUUGUUUUACCAGACUUAGAACUGUUCCCCACCACUUCCCACUUUUCCGCAUCAGCUGGUUUUCAUCCUAAUGCAACAAUCUGGAGCUAAUUUGACUCUCUCCACGCUGCCCACCUCCCUCCAUCCUUCCCAAUGAUUUGAACUAGGCUAAAAAUAAAAGGCUUGUAUAUAGGGGUGUGUGUGUGGUGGUCUUUCUGUCUCAUCACCUCCACCACCACCCUCUCUCUCUCUCUCUCUUUCUCUUCUAUUUCUUUAGCAAUGUGAUGAGUGAGUGUAAAGCAUUAUGUCA